GAUGACUACGUGCAGGUGCCAGGCACGUCGAGUUACGUGAAGACUGUCGUCACCACCACGAAGACUUGGAACCUGGCCGAGGCAGACUGCGAGGCAGACGGUGGCCGACUGGCCGUGGACACCAACCAGCCGAUCCACGACCACAUGACCCAGAUGAUCUUGCGUCUCGGGAUCUAUUCGGACAUCCCGGGAGGCACUGGAUACUUCUGGAUCGGCGGGCGGAGCACGAUCGACCAAUAUCACUGGAGACUUCUCGACGGCACUCUCCUCAAUUACACCGAGAAGGGCGAAGGACUGUUCCACACGAAUGAACCCUUUCUCGACGGAGGAUGUCUGAUGAUCGCCGUCUUCAAGGCCCCGGACUCCACCUGCUGCAGCGGCCGCUGGGCGGAUAACUACUGCUCCAUUACCAAGUGGAGCUCCGGAUAUUUCUGCGAGAUCCGGCUCCCGGCCUGAGUCGAUUCUGAGGUCGACACGCCGGAACUCAGAUAGGGUUGGCUGUCCCAGGAAGAGAUUCAUCACGCUUUGGUGUUUCUAAAGUCACAAUUUAGCACAUGGAUUUGCCGAGUUUCCAAGCAUUUUGCACGAAGUGAUAUCAAUAUUAUUAAUGAAGUAAUACAAUGAAUAAUUUCACAACAUAUUUUGG